GGACAGCUAUUCGCCAUGUCCGGCACCGACUACACCUACGACGAGCAGGGUCAAUUUUUCCCUUACUUCAUCGUCACCCUGACGAGUUUCGUCACCAUACCAGUCACUUAUUCGCUACUGAAACCCAGCAAAGAACUGGAAAGCACCGCGACCCGCCUGUCGUCCGAUUUCACCCCCGAACAUGCCGAUCUCAUCGAUAACCAGCGCAAGAAGCAGCGAAGGCGAGAGCGUAGGAUCAAGCGUGCAGUCGUCAGCGUGCUGGGAUGGUCUAUAAUUGCGGGAAUGGUCUAUUUGAUCGCAGUCACUGCGCGGACCGUGCCGAAAAUCUGGGAUCCGUGGAGCAUCUUGGAUCUCUCGCGAUCUGCAACUGAAAAGGAGAUCAAGUCCCGUUACCGCAAGCUGUCGCUUACCCAGCAUCCCGAUAAACGGAGGGAAGACUUAUCACAGAAUAUCACCACAGAUGUCAUCAAUGAUCACUGGGUCGAGGUCACAAAGGCUUUCAAGGCACUCACCGACGAAGAUGUUCGCAAGAACUUUCUGGAGUUUGGUCACCCAGACGGAAAGCAGAGCUUCAGUAUCGGUAUCGCGCUUCCAAAGUGGAUCGUCACCGAGGGUCACGGCAAAUAUGUUCUCCUGAUGUAUGCACUCGCGCUCGGUGUCAUUCUUCCCUACACUGUCGGUAAGUGGUGGUAUGGCACUCAGCGCAUGACCAAGGACAAAAUCUUGAUACAGAGUGCGGGAAAACUGUUCCGGGAGUACGAUAGCGACCAAGGUGAGAGUGCCGUCAUUGGCGCACUCAGCACCGGCGAGGAAUUCAACGACAUUCUGGACGGACACAAGGCGGAAAACGGGCUCUCUAAGAUCGAACAAAAGGUGCUUUCUGAGACGUCCGGCUCACCCGUACCGACCGCCUUGACCAAGCAGGACCGUAAGAAAAUCGAAGAACUUGAAGAUAGCCGGAGGAGGAAAGUCCUCACGCUUCUUUGGGCAUACCUUGGCCGCGUCGAAUUGGGCGACAGGACUCUCAACGAGGAGAAGUAUGCGCUUGCACCCAUAGCACAUAAGCUCAACGAAGCAUACGGCUCCAUCGCGCUGGCCUAUGGUUUCACCAGGGGUGUUCUUUCAGCCUACCAUACGUCGCAAAACCUGAUCCAAGCACUUCGACCUGGCGCCUCUCCUUUGGAGCAGUUGCCAUACUUUACUCCAUCCAUUGCAACCGCUGCUGAAGCCCAACAGUCCAAAACCCACCUCUCUGUCCAAGAAUUCAUGCAUCUCCCCUCUGAACAACGUAAAGCACGCGUUGUUGCCCCCGGUCUUCUUACUCAAGAACAAUACGAUCAAGCCAUGUCCGUGGCUUCUCAACUCUUGGUUCUUCACGUGGAAAAGGCUUUCUUCAAAGUAGUUGGAGAGCGUUUUGUCACACCUAGCAGUUUGGUCCAAUUCGUUGUCAAGGCUCGCUUUGUUCCCGCCAGCGCCGUCGAUGUCCCUGAAAUCAAUCCAAAGGACCUUUUGGACAUCGACCCAGAUGAGGGAGACGUUGCAGCCAUUACCGGUCGCAAAGAUGAUCGCUCUGGUGACAAGCCUAUUCAACCGCCGCUAGCUCACGCCCCAUACUACGCUCGUGACCAUGCUCCGCGUUGGCAGAUCUUCCUUGCAGAUAGCAAGCAAGGUCGCAUUGCUGUCCCUCCAUUCACUUUCACCACUUUCGAUAAACCUAUCAUUGAUGAAAAUGGCAAGCCUACGUACAACAUGCAAACGCUCAAGAUGCAAUUUGGCGCGCCUCCACAACCAGGAAGCUACACUUUUGUUAUGCACAUGAUCUGCGACAGUUACAUCGCCAUGGACACGAAAACUGAAGUGACACUCGUUGUCGAAGAUGCGAGUCACGCUGAGAAUGUGGAGGAGGAUGGUGAGAUUAGCGAGCCGGAUGAAGACACAAUCGCCGGGCAAAUGCGCACUCUCAAGGGAGGUGCUCCUGUCAAGAAGCGCAGCAAUGACGAUGACUCCAGCGACGGUAGCGACACGGAGGGCGAUGUUGAGAGCGAGAGUGAGACCGACACAGACACGGAUAGUGACGAGGAGUAGACCUUGCUCGACCACAUCCUAAUUCUUUGACCAUUUUUCUUCUCGGUGACAAUGAGCCGGGUCUCUCUUGUUGUAGCGUGUCAUUUGGCGGGUGUAGAUGUGAAGAUACCCGAGAUUCGGGAUCUUUUUCUCGAGUGCUCUUUCGAUUGAAUGGUUCGAUUGAUUGAAUUUGGCAUUUACAGGCGUUUUGUUCGUUGGGGCGAACAUCGAAUCUUUUCCGCACUGCUCCUGUUCGUCUUUCUCUUCGUCAUUUGAAGAGGUGGUAUCAGAUAUCAGGGACGGGUGAGCGGGUUCUCUUACACAUAAAUGGUUUAAGAGAAGACAAAUAUGUAUAAUUCUCACUGUCGAAAUCACAGAAAGUUC